ACUGCUGGAACGAACAAAUUUUCAACUGUGAUUGAAUUUCUCCGGCGUCAGCUUCAUAGAGAUACUCUGUUUGUCUACGUCAACAGUGCCUUUUCUCCAAAUCCAGAUGAAUUGAUGAUUGAUCUGUACAAUGUAGGUGGUAUAUGCGUGACACAUAAUUUUGGGUUUGAUGGAAAGCUUGUGGUUAAUUAUGCAUGUUCAAUGGCUUGGGGCUAAGGGCUACUAGAACGGAGGAGGACAUCCAACUACAUUCCUUAUUUCAGCUAAAAACUGGCAAAAUAAGUAUUGCAGAUUCAAGUUCUUUUAUAUAUAUUCUUACUGCUAAUUUUUUAGUGUAUAUUAACUGAACUUUCAUUGCUUUUCCUGAGAAGUAUGUAUUGCCUUGGGAAACUUACAUAUGUGUAAAAAUCAAAGUUUAAAGAUAACUUUUUUUCCCUGCUUGUAUGUAAGCAACUGCUUUGUCACUCUCCAGUAAAGCUGGUAUGAAGAGAAUCUAUGCACAUAUUUACCUUUAUCCCAGCUUCCAAAA